AUGCCUUAUUACCCAGGAUACAAUCCCUACAGUGCUCCUUUAGGGCAAUCUUUAGCUUAUCCAAACACGUAUGCAUAGCCUGUAGCUUAUGCUCCUGUUCAAUAUGCUGCCCCAAUAGCAUAAUCAUUUGUUUAGCCUGUUGCAAUCUAACCAGUUAUGCAAUAAUCCUACGUACCCUAACCUGUAGCUGUCCAAUAAGUCGUGGCUUAACCUGCUCAAUAAACAAUUCGUGGAGAAUCAAGAGUGGAAUAUAGAGAAUAUCAGAGACAAGUCGUUGAAAUGGAAACAGAAACAGUCUAAGUUUAAGUGCCAAAAACUAGAUACGUGACAGAUUAUUAUCCAAUCGAAUACCAAACAGAAUACAUUCCAAGGACUGUUUAUGAACAACAAACAGAAUACGUCCCAAUUACAAAAACAGUCCCUAGAGUAGAAUAUGAAGCAGUGGAAAGAUAAGUUUAAAGACAAUAAUAAGUUGUGGUUUAGCAACCAGUCGUUUAAUAGUAUGUGCCAUAGCCAACCUAAUAUGUACAAUAGCCAAUUGUUUAAUCUGUUGUCCAAAACCCAGUUAUACAACCUGUUGUCCAACAACCAAUUUCAUAUUCAUAAGUUAGACCCGUUCAAAGUUAUGUCCCUUCUGCGUAUCCAGCUCAUACGGCUUAAUACCCAACAAAUUAUAGAAAUUUCAGACCAUUUUGA